CGAUAUGAAUUACUUGUGCGUAGCCUCUGAAGUCAGAUGAUGUACCCAAAAUGAUAACAACAUCACACGGUUCUGCAUGGUUAACUUGUAGACACUGCUGAUGUCACGCGAUUGUCAUCGGUUUUAUUAUUGCUAAUGACACAUGAUUGAGGAUGUCAUUAUGGGAAGACAUUCCUACCUCACUGACAUCGUUCGGCCCCAUCACUUCUGAGUCAGAAUCCUCUGGGGGCAUACUGUCAAGGAUUUUCAAGAGGGGAAAAGAUGACUCGGACAAUUCAGCUGGGAGCAGCAAAGUAUCAAGUCGUGAAGUGUCGGUGGACAGAGACAGAGCCAGUAGAGGGGAGAGAACUCGAGCCAGCUCAGUUGAUCGAGCCAAGGACCAGCUGGGGUCGGCCAGUAGCUCACCCAACAUCUCCAGACAGUGUUCCCCAGCAACACUCACUCCUGAGCAUGUCCCAGAGGUCAAGGUCACAGAGGCAAGGUUGAAGGAGGACACCACCAAGAGGACCCUGGGCAGUGUGCUCACACGCCUGUCUGCCAUUGUAGAGAAUAGACAAUCAACCCCCCAAGUGUACAGAGACAGUGACUUCAAGCAGUACUGGAUGCCUGACAGUAGCUGUAGAGAGUGUUACGAAUGUGGUGACAGGUUCACCACGUUCAGACGUCGACAUCAUUGCAGGAUAUGCGGACAGAUUUUCUGUAAUUCUUGUUGCUGUCAAGAACUCCCUGGGAAAAUUAUAGGGUACAAAGGCAGUAUCAGGGUGUGUCGCUACUGUCUGGAGGUGGUCCUUCAGUACGCUCAGAAGGCCGACCCCAACUCUGGAGUCACCCGGGAGUUGCUGGCGAGAUACAUGCAUGCGGCGGAGAAUGCCCUGUCACCUGAGGCAAAGAAGUCUACCACAGACCAGCAGCGGUCACUUUCUCUAAGGUCACCCAGUGAGGCAGAGAUCAGCGCAGGGAGUGCUGCGCCCUUUGAUCUCACUCCACAGUCGGAGUUCGUCAUGUCAGACAACUUCCCCAGUGACAGGAUGAUCCUGCUGAAGGACAGCCAACAGCUGCGCAGUCUCUGGAUGAUGAUGACUGACCCAGAAACUGGACUUGAAUUUCAAAACUUCAGAGUCAGACUGCGUAACCUUCAUAACUGUAUCCAUGGCAACCGCAUUGUGGACUGGUUGUUGAAGCAUGACAAAGUGUCUGACAGGUCUCAGGCGAUUGCUAUUGGCCAAGCACUGAUAGAUGCCGCCUUUCUCAGCCCCCUGCAGUCCCCUGCAAUGCCUUUCAGGGAUGACUACACCCUCUUCAGACCAACAGAAGUCUUGACAUCGGACACCGUCUCCCUUAGCAACAGUCAGCUUGAGGACAGCCUUACAGAGGACAGCGCCCCUCUGUGGUUCCAGCAGAUACAGUCCACCGCACACAAUGCAGAUCAAGUGUUUGGUGGUGUCACUGAGGAGGAUAUAAACAAGAGUGAGAAUUACAGUAACUUGUCACAUGAUUCGAGCGGGGAGAUUAAAGUUGAUGAGCGACAUUUUGAGGAGCCUGUUGCCCAGCCUGUGUUGCCAAGUGAUGUGGGAGCUGAUCAGGAUGGCCCAGAUUCUAUUUUUGGAACAGUUGCCGAGACGGAAAGGACCAUGGCAACAGCUGAGGUCACAGGGUCAUUCAGGACAAUUGUACUGGACAGUGGAGACCCUUUGGUCAUGGAAACGUUUGAAAAACUUCAACUGGAGCAUCAUGAGCACCUGACCCUGUUGACACGGCAACUGCUCCAGGAGGCGGGCCUGUCGGGCGGGUGGGCGGACACCAUCAUCUCAACUGUGGACAAGGUCAGCAUGUUCGUGAAGCCCGACGUGAAACACAACAUGGACGACAUGGACAUAAGGAAAUAUGUGCACAUCAAGAAGAUCCCAGGUGGCAAGCGAGAGCAGACGGCCCUCACGCAUGGCGUGAUGUUCAACAAGAACAUAGCACACAGAAAGAUGUCUCACAAGAUCAGCGACCCCAGCGUACUGCUGCUGGCAGGCUCCAUUGAGUAUCAGCGUGUGGAGAACAAGAUGUCCUACCUCGAACCACAGAUACUUCAGGAGGAAGAGUUCCUGUGGAAGAAUAUCAAGAAGAUAACAUCUUUGGCCCCAAAGCCAAACAUUCUUGUUGUAGAGAAGUCCGUGUCACGUCUGGCCCAAGAUUUCAUCCUGAAGGCUGGAAUCACGCUCAUAUACAAUGUGAAACAGUCAGUGAUGUUGCGGUUGUCACGGUUACUCGACACAGACAUUGCAGCCUCCAUAGAGAGCCUGAUGGGGAGGGUCAAGGUUGGCUUCUGUCACGGGUUCUCUGUUAAGAACUUCACCAUGCCAAUGGGAGAGACAAAGAGCCUGGUGUGUUUUGAUGGCUGUGCCACCCACCUUGGCUGUACUGUGAUACUGCGUGGUGGCUCCAUUAGCGAACUGAAAAAGGUUAAAUUGAUAUUGAAUUACAUGAUAUAUGCCUCGUACCACUCAAGACUUGAAAUAGCUUUCUGCAUGGAUGAGUUCUUGAAGCCUCCACAGAAGGAUGAUAUUGAUUUUGACUUCUCAUUCAGCCAAAAGAAAAAUAGACCCAAACAAAAACUGGAGAAUGCAAAGGAACCCAAAGAUACAAUUGAAAAUUACUCUAAAGAUAAAGAAACGGGUAAUGAUUUAGAGGUUACUGACACAGAACUAAAAGACGUGGAGAAUAAAAAUCCACCUUCAGUUCAAAAUGAUAAAAAUCCUGAAAGGGUAAAUUUCUUCUUUGGUGAAAAUGAUAGUACAUUGAUUAGAAAUGCUGAUACUGUUUCUGAUAAUGUGGAGUCUGCUGACACAUCAUUAGACAAACAAUCAGCAAAUAACAAAAUAACUGAAGGAACUAAUUCAAGCUCAGAAACAGUAAAGUCAGACAGAAGAGGCUCUUUCUUGGUGCUUCAAAAGACAAACAAGAAUGACGACAUUGAAAGUGGGUCAUCUUCAAACCAGUUACCAGCUAAACAAAGGUCUAACUCUAUGCAGAAUGCCCAAAGACCAGGCAUAGUUUUGGAGACAGGAACCGGUCUAAACAGGAACCAAGCUGACCAGAGCAGCGGUCAACAGUUGGAUCUCAGGCCUUCCCUUGACAGGGCUGAGUCCCAACCAGACUUUAGAUCUAGGCAUUCCUCUGGAAGUCGGCGUGACCGCAGUCCCAACCCCCAGCGUCGUUCUGCCUCCACCCAACUGACCGACAACUCUGACCCGCUGACUAAGUACCAGAACAAUCAGGAUGAGUCAAUCUUCCAGUCUUCACUGGCCUUGAAGGAACAAAACGUAACACACAGGACCAAGUUCAAGAAGAGCCUAGAGAAUACGGUGCUGUCCACAUCUCCAUACAUCAAGUACCAGCUGCCAUACCUAGAGACAGAGACUGGGUCACGGUGUGAACUGAGGAGGUACCUGCCUCCAGAGAUAUACUGGUCAACUAGCUUCAGUGAGAAGCAGUCAGAAGCCCGCAAACAGAUGUGGAACCCGGACAUUGACCCUAGCAGGAAACCGGAGCCCCUUGCCAACGUGGUCAUCAGAGACCCGGACGAGUUCAUCUGCCGACCACUUGUCCGCCCCGCCAGUAAUUAUACCACACAGUGUUUGCUUGCCAAAUUUAGAGCUUAUGGUGGCAGAAUUGAUGUCAUUGACACCAUUUUAGAUGAGCCCAGAAAGAACACCAGGAAAGGCAAAGAAAAGAAAACAAAGGGGAAACAACUGGACAUAGACAUUGCUAAGCCAGACAACUCUGUGCCUCUUGAAAGGAAGGUAGACUGCCUGGACACCUUCAGUCAUCAGCGUAUCGCUGUUCUGUUUAGCAGUUUCAGUUACCUCUCUGAGAACCACCCCAGCCCAUGUGUGUACCCUUGGCAAGUUACCAUGGAAUUCUAUGGCAGGAAUGAUACAACUCUUGGGGAGUUUUUAGAGAGAUUCUGCUUUAGGCCAUCCUACAUAUGCCCGUCCGAGUCAUGCAACACGUCUAUGGAUCUGCACAUUCGGAGGUUUGUACACGGGCACAGCUGUAUCAGCCUCAUCCUGAAAAGGUCUAGCAAGGACAAACAGAUCAACAUCGGCAACAACAUCCAGAUCUGGAGCUGGUGCCAUCGCUGCAAGCAGGCCACUCCACGCAUACCAAUGAGUGAAGAGACAUGGAACCUGUCGUUUGCUCGCUACCUUGAACUGCGUUUUCAUGGUGAUAAGUUUGUGAGACGAAAUGGAUUAGACACUGGAUGUUAUCACUCACUACAUCACGACAACUUCCAGUACUUUGGACUCAAGGACACUGUGGCUGCAUUCAAAUACUCUGCCAUCAAGCUGAAGGAGAUCAGACUUCCCUCCCUUGUCAUUGACUACCAGUUCAUCCUGGAGACCAUACAGCUGUACAGACACAAGGAUGAGCUCAAGAGACUGUCCAGAGAUGUGACGGACCUGUUUGACCAACUACUGCUGUACACAUGCUCACAGGAAUCUGAAGUGUUCUGUGAAAAUGUUGCUAGAAUGCUGACAGAAUUUAAAGUACAGCAAAAAGUUGAGAAAACUCAGAUCCAAGAACACUGCAUCAAAAUUCGUGAGGUCCUGGAGACUCUCAUUAGUGAGGUCACCCAGGUCAAAGAUGCCAAAGUUGUGACCUUGACCCGAGGUCAGCUUGACCUUCAUCAUGCUGUUGAGGACGGACUGGUCAACCUGAAGCGGACGAUUGCAGAGGGAAUCAUUCGGUGGAAUAAUAGGCUGGUGGAGUUCUAUUCAUUGCAGAAGAAAUCCAAACAGGCCUCAUCAUCUACCAAUCGCAAAAGUCAGGAACCAGUCAGUUUUAGUCUGGGCAGUGUGCACCAGGAACCAGUCUUCACAGGAAGUGAGGAAGCACAACCAGUCAGCAGUUCGAACAAGGACACAGUCUAUGCAGGAAGUGGAAAUCCUAAACCAUUCAGGGCCAUUAGUUCAGAACCAAAGUUUGACACAGUCUAUGAGGCCAAAUCUAUUAGUGAUGAAACAGUCAUUGCUGAUGUGCUAGACACUGAAACAGAUAAUACUGUCUUGUCACAGGAUUUAAAUGAACCACUUCCUGUAGAAUUUCUUUCAAAAAAGGAAGAUGAUGUAAUAAGAGAUAUGAAUGAAGACAGUUUGUUUGUUCUCGUAUCAGAAGUUGAUUCUGUUGAACAAGAAAAUGUGAUAAAAAUUGAACCAGAAGCAGUUGACGUUAAAAAAGGCCAGCCAGUUAUUAUUGACAAUACAUUAGUUAAUGAAAGGGACAUUAUAAGCAAAAUCAGCUCAAUUAAUGAUGAAAAGCCAGCUGUUUGGGGUGAUUUUACUGAAGCAACAGCUAUAAUAAAUGAACAGGGCUCGGGAACAUUUGAACCUAUUGAGGACAGUGAUGAUGAGGUUUAUGAAGAUGCAUUAGAAAAGAGAGAGAACGACUGUGAUACUGUGGCUGACGAUAAAGAGCAGUAUAGUGGAAGCUUGACUCAAGAAGAGGCAGAAAAGGGCUACAUUGUGCCCCCACUGGACUCGCUGUCCUCAGACUACCUGGAAAGUAUUGAUGGUGUCUCCAACAUCCAUGGUGGCCUCUACCUACUGACAGGAGGUGGGCAGGACUUCAACCGCAGGACGUCUGACUAUAGCCUUGCCAGUCUCUCACCCCCGCAAGGAGGUGCCUCUUCUACCCUGUCAGAUUUCUCUGGUAGCUACUGCUAUGGUAUUACGCCCGGUAUAUCAGCUGUAGGUGUAAUUCCACCAAGUUUGGAGGCCGACUGUAGUUAUGUCGUAUGUCACAGAGAGGACAUAGGUGUGAUGACACCCCCAGCCCUAUCAGAUGAAGAAUCUGCUGCCAAGCAACAGCAAGCAUCUGAUGUUGUCAUGGAAACACAGCCCCUUUCAGUUGCCAUUGCAACUAACGAGGAAGCAUCAUCCAACCAGGGUGUUAGUCUUGGACGCCAGUAUAGCUGGGACACAGGUCCAGUUGGACGCCAGUAUAGCUGGGACACAGGUCCAGUUGAUAAACCAUGGCAAAAAGGUGGAGCUGAUGACGGGACUGAAGGUCAAGCAGGGGACAGAAAAGGGGUCAUUCAGACGAUCAAAAGCACAAUCUGGCAGGGAUCUGGGGCCUUUCAGCUGCAGUCUCCCUUUGAGUUGAGUACCCACAAUGUUCUACCCGCGUGUGAGCAGGUGCCAGUGAUUGUGUAUGACCAUGAACCCAGCUCCAUUAUAGCCUACUCACUUAGUUGCCGUGACUAUCAUAUGAAACUUGGUGAAAUUCAAGCAGCGAAACGGAGCAGUCACAUGAAAGCAGAUACCGAAAGCUUGGAUAAGUUUCCUUGGGAUGAACAGGGGAAUACCGCCAAGAGACCGCCAAGUGGCAAGCUGGCCUUUUUCAAGGGCAGUAACCGCGACCUUCAUCAGCGUGGGGAGACCACUGUUGAUAGCGUGAGAUUUCUCAACAGGGCUGACAGCACUUUACUGGAGAGUCCACAAGACGAUUUGGACUACCCAAUGUUCACAGCCAGCGUGUCUGAACAAGGUGAGAAGGGAAAAACGGCCAGUACCAAAACCACCAUCAACCACCAUAUUGAGCUACAGUUCUUCGAUUCCACCGCCCGCUUCUACUGCAAGGUGUAUUUUGCUGAUCAUUUUCGCCACCUUAGGAAGCAUGUGUUCCCAGAGGGAGAAAGUGUAUUUAUUCGCUCCUUGUGCCGAUGUAAGCCUUGGGAAGCCAGUGGAGGGAAAUCUGGUUCAUCGUUUUGUAAAACAUUUGAUGACCGAUUCAUUUUGAAGCAGAUGUCUAGCAUGGAGGUGGAGUCGUUUGAGAAGUUUGGACCCGAGUACUUCCAGUAUAUGGCCAGCGUAGAGAAACAACAGAAACCAACAGCCCUAGCUAAGAUAGUGGGAGUGUACAGGAUAGGAUUUCGCAAUCAGCAUACCAACAACGCCAACAAACAGGACCUCAUUAUACUCGAGAAUCUCUUCUACAACCGCUGCAUAUCACAGACGUUUGACUUGAAAGGCUCCGAGAGGAACAGGAUGGUGAAGCAGUCUCGCAAGCGUGCCGCAGCUGUGGAAGAACUGGUGCUCCUUGAUGAGAACUUCCUCAGAGUGAGUGUGGACACCCCGCUGUACAUCAUGCCUCACUCCAAGACAGUCCUGCAGCAGGCAAUCAGUGAGGACUCUCAGUUCCUGGCUACCAACCUUGUCAUGGACUACUCCCUGCUAGUGGGACUGGACGAACAGAGACGGGAGCUAGUUGUUGGAAUUAUUGAUUAUAUUCGAACAUUUACAUGGGACAAGAAACUUGAGACAAUACUUAAGUCACAAUUCGGUGGACAGGGUAAAAUGCCUACGGUUGUCUCCCCGGAGGUGUAUAGAACGCGCUUCCUGGACGCAAUGAGCAAAUACUUUCUUGCAGUGCCCGAUCAGUGGAGCGGACUGGGCACUUACAUAGAAUCAUAGAACCUAGCAAGACUGUGUAAUUAUUGUUCUAAAGUCUGGUUACUUACAUACAAUCAUAGAACCUUGAUGGAGUUUAAACCGAUACUUCGACAAAAAAUUUCGUUUUCUUAUAAAGGACCAUUAUAUUAUAAUAAUUAGAAUAAUACAAGACUUUCCAGUUUUCAGCUGAGAUCCAAGCACCUUUCAUUUUUACACUUACAUAAAAUCCAAGACCCUAGGUAGACUGUUGAAUUAUAUUUUGUAUAAAGACACGUGUUUCGAAUGUCAAUGCCAGUUAAGUGCCAAUGCAGUCGUGAGUUCGAUCUAAGGACUAAUCAUACCCAAUUAACCAAUGGAUAAACUGAGUUCAAGUUGGAAUUACAUUUAUUCUCAUUUGUCAAUAUUUUGAGCGGUCAUGGUCGCAAGUCCAGGAACAUCAUCGAUGGACCUAUCAGGAUCCAUGGUCGACACGUUUCAAGGAAAUGACCUUUCUCUGACAAUAUAUUUAAUGCAUCUGUGGUAUUCAGCAAGUCCAGCAAAAAAAAAUGUUUUUGUUAAUCUUAACAUCUCUUUGAAAUCUUAAGUUUUUGGAAUCUUACGUCAUACAUCUGACAUCAUAUGGAUUCCGUCAUAGCAAUGCCUAAUGAUUCGGAACCAAACAUAAAUGCAACUUUUUUCCGUUCUACUAUUUGGAUUGAACUGUAUUGCUUAAUAUUGAAAUCACAUUGACAUAAAACACUUUCAUUCUACAUAUUUAUUGUACAUUCCUCGAAAAGUCGCACAUUCCUUUAAUGAUGUUUAGAUUACAAAACAAUUGAAGAAAAAAGCGUCAACUCAUUUCCUGAUACUUAUUAAAUAACUUAAAAAAGGGUUUCGUUGUUUUCGGCCUGAGACAUUUAUAUGAAAACGAAAUCACGAUAAGUUGAUUAUAAUACAGUUAAAUUAUGUUUUUUAAUAAUUACCCAUUGUUUUGUUUGUAUUUCUUGAGACAAAUAUGCUCUUCAAGCCUUUUGGUCAUUUAACGUUUUAAAGUAUAUCCAAAAUACAUUUCAGGCGUUCAUGCAAUAUUCUUGGGCGUUAACCCAUUUUGGCGUUGACCACCACAAAAAGGUGCAUUACCUUAAUAACGCUCGGUUGGUUAUUGUCGGCUACUACUUGCAUGUACCCCGGGUACUCUUAAGUAUACUUAAAUGUAUCCCGGGUACGGUAUAUACACUAACACGUACUAGGGAAUUCUAAUGCUAAAAUGGUCGUUGUCGGCUAUUUUUAUUUUUUAUUAUUUUAGUUUAUAUAUUUAUAUUCUGUAACAUAACCUCUAUGUUAUCGAAACCCCUGCUCACAAAGCAUGUUGAAGAAAAAAAUUCAAAGAGAAUUUAGUUUCGUAUUCCGUAGCGCGUCUUACGACAUCGGAUUUUGGGCGGGAACAAAACUCGGGUAGAGUCUAAAUUGGCCGGGUACGUGAUAGUAUAUUUUCCGUACCCGGGAUUCAUUUACGUAUACUUAAGAGUACCCGGGGUAUAUAUUGGUGAAAACAGAAUACCAAUAAUGUGAUAUUAUUUCAGUGCUAAUAUGUUACAUUGUUUACUUAUUCUAUUCUAUUUCAAAACAGACCAAUAUAAUAUCUUACGUGAUGUUGGCCUGUUCACGAUAUAAUUCAUGAUUAGCUUUGUCAAUUGUUUUUUGUUAUUUAUUGCGUAGAUUUGUGCAAUAAUUGUUAUUAAUGAAAGAGUGGAAAUAAAUGUUACAAUGAUGCUCA